GCCUAACUGCUAAGCCACCGUGCCACAACCCCAAUCUGUAAUAUAAAAACUUGAAUAUUGUUCUAGUUAUUUUAUGAAGGAAGGAUGUGAAAAGUUGCAUUUAACUGUAAAUAAACCCAUUUUUUGUUGCUGUUCAGUUGUGUUGUAAUGUCCGGUCUCAAACACAGGGGGCAGUAAACGCUAUCAAUAACACAGCAAGAACAGUUCUAUCGACGAAGAAGAAGAACUCACACGACGUAAACUGCUGCUAAAGCAGCGUAGAAGAAGUCGACUGUCGCUAAUAGCUACAGGGCAGUGCCGAAUUUUCUGGCUGAGUAAAGUCACAGCGAUGGCCACCAGCCCGAUGCUCCAAGAAUGCAUCCAAACAGCUGAGGACCUGCUGAAGCGAGUGGAUCUACUGUGCAGCCGCCAGAACCAGGAAGUAGAAGGUCGUGCCAAACUGUGCAGCAAACUCCGCGCUGAGCUCAAAUUCCUGCAGAAAGUGAAAGCCGGACAAGUCGCAGUCAAAGAGUCUCACCUGCAAAGCACCAACCUGACUCACCUGAAAGCCGUCGUCGAGUCGGCCGAGAGCCUUGAGAACGUCAUCAGCGUUUUGCACGUGUUCGCGUAUGAGGGUCCGGACGGACGGAAGCAGACACUGGUGGUGGACGUGGUGGCAAACGGAGGGCACACGUGGGUGAAGGCCAUCGGGCGCAAAGCGGAGGCGUUGCACAACAUAUGGCAGGGCCGAGGGCAGUACGGCGACAAAAGCGUGAUCCGGCAGGCGGAGGAUUACCUGGAGGCCAGUCGCCAGCAGCCCAUUCAGUACAGCAACCCGCACAUCAUCUUCGCCUUCUAUAACGGCGUCUCCAGUCCGAUGGCCGACAGACUCAAAGAGAUGGGCAUCUCUGUUAAAGGUGACAUCGUUGCUGUGAACACGGUGGUCGGAUCAGAUGAGGAUGAAGACGAGGAUGAAGAGGACGGCGAUUUCGCACCGAACGAGCAGGACGUUGAGGACGGCGCUGAGGACGAUGAUGAGGAAGUGCAACUCAUGCACACCCGUGUGGACCGAGACACUGUCGUAGCGAGCCUGGCGUUCCCCACCGACGUCAAGGUAGCCGAGUGUCCACGCGUAAACGUCGACAUCACCACGCUCAUCACGUACGUGUCGUCUCUGAGUCACGGGAACUGCCACUUCACCUUCAGGGAGUAUGUGCUGACUGAGCAGGCUGCUCAGGAGCGCCAGGACAAGGUGCUGCCCAAGCUCGACGCCUUCAUGGAGGGGAAGGAGCUUUUCGCGUGCCACUCGGCCGUGCAGGACUUUCGCACCAUCCUCGACACGCUGGGUGGCCCUGGCGAACGCGAACGAGCCGAGAAGCUCCUCGCCAGGCUCACCGUAGUUCCCGAUCAGCCCUCGGAGCGCACGCAGCGCCUCGUAGCCAGCUCCAAGGUCAACCAUAGGUCGCUUAUGAUCUUCGGUACUGGUGAUACUCUCCGCGCUGUCACUAUGACCGCUAACAGCGGGUUUGUUCGCGCUGCUGCUAACCAAGGCGUGCGCUACAGCGUGUUCAUCCAUCAACCUCGAGCGCUGACGGAAGGCAAAGAAUGGAGAGCCACACCCAUAUGACGGACCUGAAAGUACAGACAGACAUCCUAACGUGAACUCAAACGACUGAACGCGUCAGAAGUGUGUGGAGUUACAGUAGCACUUUAAACGAUGCCUGAUUUAUUCAAAACACUUGCAAGAGGCAUUUUUAUUUUCAUGGUUUCAUACAGCUGUGCACAAGCUACACAGCUGGGCUGCUAAUACAGACAGCAUCUAUGCUGCGUUUAAGUUUUUUUUUUUUUUUUUUUAAAUCUCUUGCAGCUUGAUUUAUUUUUUUUUUUCUGAACUCAGUGCCUCGAUCUCAGCCUGCAAACCAAAUGACACGGUUGUGGUGGAAAUAUAACGUCAAACACAGAACCACAGAUAUCGUAUACUACAUUUGUAUCCUGUCUGAAGAAAUAAUGAGACAUUGUUUGAAUAUUUGUUUUGCAAUCUGUAUGCUUGGAUGUGCAUCAUGAAAGGCACAAUGUGCUUUUUUUUUUUUGUUCUGCACAAAGUUCAAAUAAACAUCCAAAAAAAUGUC